AUGAAAGUAUGCUGGCUACUUCUCAGUCUUUCUCAGACCGUCCACGGCAUCAUCCAAGCACCUCCACUCCCUGGACCUCAUUCCCUUGGCACCACAGUCCUCCAAGCAACCGACCCAUCUACAUCUCGCAGUCUAAUGCUCUCACUCUUCUAUCCCACCUCGGCCAAAACCUCAUACACCUAUGCAUUCGCGCCCUCCUUCCCAAACGCUACCGCUCUCCACUUAGCAGAAAGCUACUCCCUCCCACCCACCACCCUCCAAGCCUUCACAUCCCGCUCCCAUAACUCCGCCCCUAUCCUCCUUUCCCACCGCCUCUCCUUUGAUUUCCCCAUCCUCCUCUUCUCCCCAGGAUACGGUAAUACGCGUCUCAUGUACACCACCAUCGCCGAAAAUAUCGCUUCUCUUGGCUACAUCGUCAUCACUGUCGAUCACCCCUUCGAUGUAGAUUUUAUCGAAUAUGCAAAUGGUACGAUAGCUACCUGGGUAGAUGUUGAGUUUGAUGAUUAUAUUGCUCCAAUCCCAUACGUUAAUGCUCGUGUCAAAGAUCUGCAAUUCGUGCUGAAUUCUCUUUCCAACCCAUCAUUCAUCUCUCAAAUUCCUGGAAUCUCGAAUUCAUCCCUAUCAUCGUCAUCUUCAUCCUCAUACCACAAACCCCACCCAACAUUUCAAACCCAAAGCAUCGGCGCCUUCGGCCAUUCCCUCGGGGGAGCAGCCGCUUUCUCCGCCAUGCAAACCGAUCCCCGCUUCUUCUGCGGAAUAAACAUCGACGGGGCACUAAUCGGGGAAGUAGUAAAAACAGGUCUCAAAUCCCCCUUCAUGAUCAUGGCAAAUGAAUUUCAUAACAGGACGCAAGAAAGAGAUGCGACAUGGCACGAGUUCUGGGCGAAUUCAGUAAAGCUCAGGGGAUGGAAGAGAGAUGUUAGGGUAAAGGGCGCGUUGCAUGGCAGUUUUACGGAUUUGGCGGUUUGGGCGGGAGUGCUGGGUCUAGGGGGUUUCGAGGAUUUGUUGGGCACGAUUAGGGGGCAGAGAAUUCUGGAGAUUGAAAGUGAAUUUGUGGGGGCGUUUUUUGGGAUGUGGUUGAGAGGGAGAGGGGGAAGGGUGCUGGAUGGUCCGAGUGUGAGGUGGCCGGAGGUGGUGUUUGAUUUUUGA